CCUCUGCACCGCUAGCUUUAUCUAUCCGUAGUUUCCGGUGUGUGUACGUGCGGCGGCCAUAUUGUACUUCCGUGCUUCAAGGGUAACCGAAGUGAGUCCACAGCCCAGAGACAACAUGUAUCGGUUUGCCAAAACUGCAGUUAACAUCACCGGUCAGGCUGUGCGUCAGGUCAGACAUGGAUCCUCGGCUCCACAGGACUUCCACUCAAAGUACGGCACCGGUGUGCUGCUCAGUGGAGCAGUCUUCUGCACCGCUGUGUGGGGAUUUGUGCUGACUCAGACUGGCAUCGCCUGGAAUCUGUCGCCGGUGGGAAAAGUCAUGCCCAAAGAGUGGAGGGGGGCCGAGGAGUGACGAGCCAGGACCAGGACACACAAGACAUCCCCACUAUUAAACAUUCUGGUUGUACAGAUGAAUCUCUAUGUGUUGAGACACUGAAUCUUUGUGUUGUUCCAGCACACAGCUGUGUAAUAAUAAAUUAAGUUCAAUUCUAAU